GCUUUCCCGAACCUUACGCAUCUCAACAUAUCACACCAAAGCAUGGGGUCUAUCGCCGGCCUUCUGAGCUUCUUCUCAAGUGCACCCAGGCUCACUCAGCUCAUCCUCGUUAAUCUCAGCACGUCGAUGGCGAGCGUGGACACAAACGGCCCGAAAGUUACCCUCGACCACAUGCGCGACCUCGCCAUGGUGCACAUCGCCCCUGACUUCGUUUCAGCCAUCCUCUCACAGCUCAUUCUUCCCGCAAACAUGGCAAUCCAGCUGGAUCACAUGCGCGUUCCCGCAGGCUCUUUCUUUCACAACCUGCCCCGCAUAGCUGCGCUCGAGGCCGCCACCAAGCUCUGCGUGGAGGGCACGCGGUCUCGUUUGACCGUGACAGCAGCUGGAGCGGCCUCGGCGGUGCGUAUGAAAUUCGACGUCGACAGCGGCCACCCGAGUCUGCUAGACGCAGAGUGGCUAUCGUCGCUCAUGGCCGCGCUUCCGCUCGCUAGAUGCACAGAGUUAUGGUGGCUGGAUGGCCUGGUGCCCUGCCCGUCCUUGGCAAGACUGACCGUGUUACGCCAGACACUUUCGAGCAUGCCCGCUUUAACGGAGCUUGUCUUGUUUGACACAGUGCUCCAGGGAGUCAGAUCGCUGAUUGAGUCUCUGCAUAUAUCGAGCACUCCCGCCCUCGGUCUCUCUGGCGCCCUCCUCCAGCCCGCACCUGCAUUGUCAACACUCCGACUCCUGAUGCUUGGCACAGUUUUACCGCCCGCGGUCGAGAAGCUUGCGGCGGACCGUGCGUACUAUGGGAUCCCGCUGCAGCACCUAAUCCUCGAGCUCCCGCACAAGCUCCGCCUGUCCGAAGAACAGAAGGACAUACUGCGCACCUUGCAGGCGCUUGUAGGAUCUGUGGACAUUGUAUCAGGUGGUGGGAUGCCGGCCAUGCCACUGCCGCCCGUUUGCUAUGACGCUUUCUCGUACUGGGGCUGCUCGCGAGUUUGGUAAAUUGUAGAGUACGCUAUCACCAUGUGCUCUGACAUGUGCUAUUACAAGUAAGUUACCUGGAAGCUGGUCGCCGUGCCUCAUAACAAUGCAUAUAGCAUGUAGAAUAUACUAGCGCG